AUGUUUUCUGUGUUUCAGGUUUGUAAACUGUUCGUCGACAAUCCAUUCCCAGUUCAAGUGCUCAAACUGAAUGGUCCAAUAAAAUGCAUAGACAUAAGUGCAACAAGGCGACACAUCGCAGUUGUAGACGACAGUGGUCUAUGCGUAGUUUUCGACGCCAAAACUAAAGAAGUUCUAUUUGAAGAACCUAACUGUAACAGCGUAGCAUUCAACAGCGAUAACGAGGAGAUUAUUUGUUAUUCGGGUAGCUCGAAAUUGACUGUUCGAGCUAGAGGAUAUCCCGGACAUCAACAACGAAUGUUUGGUUUUGUCGUUGGAUUCUCUGGAAAUAAGGUCUACUGCUUGCAUAUCUAUGCCAUGCAAGCUCUUGAAGUACCAUUUUCGAAUCAGCUCUAUCAAUACAUUGAAAACAAGGAGUAUCAAGAUUCACAUGAGAACAGAGGGCGGAGAGACCCAGUCUGCUACCAAGUUGUACUCUCUGCCUUUAUAAAAAUCAGUUUUCAGGCAAUGUUAGCAGCCAACGAGCCAGACUACAUACUCCGAGCACAUGUUCUUUGUUAUGAAGGAAAAUUCCGUGAAGCUGCUGCUCUAUAUCGCGACAAUGGCGACGAAAAUCGCGCCAUGCAACUGUUCACAGACUUGCGAAUGUUCGAUGAUGCACAGGAAGUGAUGGCGAGCGCCUCAGGAGAGACACAACGUAUGCUAAUGCGCAAGCGAGCCGAUUGGGCUCGUGAUUCGAAUCAACCAAAGAUAGCCGCCGAAAUGCUCAUUUCCAGCGGUGAUCUGGACAAAGCUGUUAUCCUUAUCACAGACAAUGACUGGAUGGACUUAGCUAUAAAUGUGAUGCGUAAACUGGAGAGGAGCGAUGUUGAUAGCCUAAGACGUUUGGCAGCCUAUUUCAUACGGAAGUCCGAAUUCAAUCUCGCUGCGAGAAUUUACGGCAAUAUCAACGAUAUCAAGGCCGUGGCACAAAUGCAUGUGGCAGCCGGGCAUUGGACUGACGCUUUUGCUAUCGCUGAUCGAUAUCCCAAGUUUGUUGAAGAUGUAUAUUUACCGUACGCUAGAUAUUUAGCAGAACGUGAUCAAUUCGAAGAAGCUCAGAAAGCGUACCACAAAGCGGGUCGUGACCAAGAAGCAUUACGGGUACUGGAACAGCUUACUGGUAACGCUGUUGAUGAGAAUCGUUUCGCUGAUGCUGGGUAUUAUCACUGGCUGUUGAGUAUGCAGUAUCUUGAAAGGUCCAAAGAUAACCCUUCACUCAUUCCAAAAUAUCAUGCUAGUGCUAA